AUGCCAUGUCACCGAUUUUGGAUUUGCCAAAUUGCAACUAUCCUGAAGGAGAUCCGCCUCUGUGGGCAGUUCACACUCUGGGAUCCGUACCUGCCCGGAAAGGGCGACUGCUUCACCUUCCAAGAUCCACGGCGGGCCGGCCAUCUGAUUCUCGAUGACACUGAGUCGUGGCCCAUGUCCAUGAUCGAUGCACUCGACAUGCGGGAAAAGUCUCGCCAGGAACACACGCGCGCGCAGCAGGAGGAAUAA